AUGGGGAGUAGGGCUGCAACCCAGGUCGGUGUGACGGCAGCGUUGGCCCUGGCUUCACUGAUCGUCAUUGGAACUCGGCUUGUAUAUCGCGGCAUGAAACGGCUCAUUGACCUGUCCGAUAUUCUGAUAGCAAUCGCAUUGAUCUCUGCGUCGGUUCAAAACGCGAUCAACAUCGAUGUCGCAGCUCAAUGGGGCGCCGGACACCACAAAGCAGACUUGUCCGAGCACAUCCUGAAAUCGCAUACCCCAGCUAUCCUUCUCUAUUUGAAUCAGGUCUUCUUCAAAUUGACCAGCCUCACCUCCAAACUCUCCCUCAUCGUCGUUUACAACCGUCUAUUCAACCCACCAAUCUCUCCUUUAGUCUUUUGGACACGCAACAUUAAUCUCGCCAACGGCUUCGUCAUUGCCACGUUUUAUUUUUCUAUUUUUCUAGUCAGCAUAUUUCAAUGCCACCCCAUCUCGAAAUCAUGGGAUAAGAAACGUCCCGGAUCCUGUGUCAACCUGGACAAUGUUCGGUAUGCGUCGGCAUAUAUCAACAUCAUCACCUCUGCACUGCUGGUGGCCACCCCGCUGCCCGUGUUAUUUCGGAUCAAGCACAAGAGACGCCAGAUUACCGAGUUGACGGUGCUGGUCAUGUUGGGCUGUGUGCAUACGGGCUGUGCUGUCUUCAGGGUGGUGCUUAUGUAUUAUCCGGAACCAGGUACCGAUGUUAACGAAUCACCCUUAUUAACCAUCGCACAAGUAGAAAUCAACGUCGCGCUCAUCGCUUGCUCGCUCGUCGUCAUGCAGCCCAUCGUCGACAAGAUAUACUGCUGCCUCCCAUUCCUCGAUAUAUCGACGCGCAGCCGUUGGCGCAUAAGAAGCGGCCGAAGACAAACCACAGACGAACAAAACUCGGACACUUUGAUCUACGGUAAUCGCUCGAACGGAGCUGGGACUAGUCACCAAAUUUGGAGCGCGGCAGGGCCCAGAUCUGCCGAGAGGAAACCGGGCGGCUUGAGGUCGCAGGGAUAUGGCGAUGAUAUUAUUGAUGACUCUGACUAUGAUGACGAGGAUCAUGAUACUGCUGCUGGUGGUGGUGGUGAUAGUGAUGGGAUCGAGAUGGACUCGAAUCAUACAUCCAAGAUUAACGUUACCACUGAGAUCAAAAUGCAUAAUCGGAAUAGGUCUAGUUUAGAUGACUAA